GUCUUUUACACAGCCUCUCAGCUGACAUAAUUCCGGCAACAAAAGCUAAUGCGUGGUCCUAUAUCUCCCAUCCACAUUUAGGUGAGAGUACUGUUGUUAGACAUGAUUAAUAGAUAUGACUCGGAAACGUGCUAUACUAUCCUAGCCUCUUCUAAUAUUCUAUUACUUUACUAGACUGUUAUUCUGAUUCGUUCCUCAAAAGAAUGGAGGUUGUAAUGGUCACCCUCCAUUACGCUUAUGUUACCGGAAUUAUGUCGGCUGAUAGCGCAGCCUUAUUAUGCCUUGGAUUACUAUAUAGACUAGUGCUAAAUCGUAGUUGUAGGAUCUGUUUCCUGGUCCCUGUGUGGGACUUUUUUUUCGAGACUCGGUCCUCUUGGUAUAAUUGGUUGGUGCAUGGAGCUCGGCCUCUUACAGAGGAAUAUAUAAGGAGCGGUCUCUCCAUGUAUUUGGUUCUCGCUCUAUCUAGUCUUUACCUUAAGAACUAUAAUCUAUCUUCUCUAUUAUAUGAUAGUCUAUGUUAGUAUAUAUUCCAUUACUAAGGAAUAUUAUCCACCCCUUUACCUGUCCUUUUUACAUCCUCUAUAUAUAUGUAAGACUUCAUACAAGCCCUCCGAUGGCCUGCCCAUAC